CUCUUCUGUGGUACUGUCUCCCUCCCUCACACCAUCUCUGGCCAUCAUCAGUGCCUGACAGUUGCAUCCUUUGCUGUAGCAACGCAGACGUCUCUCUUCUGUCUCUGCCUCCUCUGCACCUGACAACCGCAGGAGUCUUUUGUAUCUGUGACGGGUGGCCAUUGUGUUUCUCCGUCCGUUUGGAGAGAAGGACAUCAGCAGCAGCACCAUGGACAUGAUAGGCAACAAAGAGCGACGGGGCAUGAAUUUUAAAGGCUUGCUGAGGAGGAACUGGCUUCUUAUAGCCACAAUUGUGUCCGUGCUGCUCGGUAUCAGCCUGGGCGUGGUCGUCAGAGAGUACUCCUCACUGUCCUACCUGUCCAAACAAUACUUUGGCUUCCCCGGAGAGAUCCUGAUGAGAAUGCUGAAGCUGGUCAUCCUGCCGCUCAUCAUUUCCAGCAUGAUCACAGGGGUUGCUGCCUUGGACUCAGAAGUCUCGGGAAAAAUCGGGCUGAGAGCUGUGAUUUAUUAUUUUUCAACAACAAUCAUCGCGGUUAUUCUCGGAAUUAUUCUGGUGAUGGCAAUCAAACCAGGAGUGUCUCAAACCACAGACCACAUUGACAGAGUUGGAACGACGCCAAACGUCACAACAGUGGACACACUCCUGGAUCUGAUCAGAAACAUGUUUCCAGAAAACCUGGUGCAGGCUUGCUUUCAGCAGUACAAGACCAAGCGCAAAGAGGUGGAGCCACCAAAAGUCCAAGCUGAGACAGCUACUAUACCUCCUCUAACAACCACCAUCUCAGCUGUCAUGGAGAACAUCACCAAGGAGUACAAACUUGUCGGCUCGUACUCUGAUGGCAUCAAUGUCCUUGGUAUUAUUGUUUUCUGCGUGGCCUUUGGCCUGGUGAUCGGGAAGAUGGGUGAAAAGGGGCGCAUCCUGCUGGAGUUCUUUGACGCUCUGAAUGAAGCGACCAUGAAGCUGGUUCAGAUCAUCAUGUGCUACAUGCCAGUGGGGAUCCUCUUCCUAAUUGCUGCGAAGAUCAUCGAAGUGGAAGACUGGGAGAUCUUCAGAAAGAUGGGCCUUUACAUGGUGACGGUUCUGAGUGGUCUCGCCAUCCACGCCAUCAUCUGCCUCCCACUCAUCUUCUUCAUCAUCGUGAGGAAAAAUCCCUACACGUUCACCCUGGGGAUGGCGCAGGCCCUGGUGACCGCCCUCAUGAUCUCAUCCAGUUCCGCCACUUUGCCCGUCACCUUCCGAUGUGCCGAGGAGAACAAUCGGAUCGACAAGCGAAUCACUCGCUUCGUGCUGCCGGUGGGGGCCACCAUCAACAUGGACGGAACAGCGCUCUACGAGGCUGUGGCAGCCAUCUUUAUUGCUCAGCUCAAUGACUACGCUUUGGAUGUGGGACAGAUUGUGACCAUCAGCAUAACAGCAACUGUGGCCAGUAUCGGUGCAGCCGGCGUUCCCAAUGCAGGCCUGGUUACCAUGGUGAUUGUACUGACAGCUGUGGGACUCCCAGCUAGUGAUGUCACUUUGAUUGUUGCAGUGGAUUGGCUGCUAGAUCGGUUCCGUACGAUGAUCAACGUACUUGGCGACGCUUACGGAGCCGGUAUUGUCGAAAAAUUGUCCAAGAGGGAGCUAGAGAGGAUGGACCUGAACUCGGACGCGGACGUCUCCAACCCCUUCGCUUUGGAGACCACACUGGAUGACGACGAGUGCGAAAAGAAAUCCUAUGUAAACGGAGGUUUCACUGUCGACAAGACAGACGCCAUCUCAUUCACCGAGACGUCCCAGUUUUAGUUCGGUCGAACGAGACAAGACAAAGACCCACUGCUUUGGAUGUGGAGGAACCAAGAUCCAUCAUGACGAGAGGGAGAAACCAGCUGAGGCUCAAACAUCAGCAAUAUCUAUCUAGCUUAUCCAUGAUAGUCGCCUUUCCAUGUCGGACAACCAAGUGCUUCCUUCCGACACUGAACUUGUGCCAAAAUAUGAGACAAUUUCAUAUCAACUUUUUUUCCCAGCAAUUUCACAUUGAGGAGAAGAAGGAUGGGGGGGGUGUUUUUGGAGCGAAUCCAGGGCUACCUGGAGUCACAAUGAAUUCCCCGUCAAGUCCUGAGUGUUAAAAUGUUUGUUGAAUCGGACAGCCUGUCUCUGCUCCCAUACUUUAGUGAGAAAUCCUAUGUCUACACAUGUAUGUUGAACCCGAUUCAAUUAGAUGACAUUCUAGCACUUUAGCCAAACACUGGAAACACUGCUUACUAUAUUACGAAAUUAUGAAAUAUAUAUAUAUAUAUAUUUAUAUUCAUGAAUACCAUGGAUCAACGACCCAUGUCGCCAAAUGAGUGAACAGUAUAAGUAAAGGUAGCAUCAGGAAGCGUGAGACCCGGCUUUAUUUUCUUAUACAGCUUGUUCCCCAUAAUGCACUGCUUGUAGUAUAAUGUGUAUUUAAACUGUGCCAAACCUACGAGGUUGACUGCAACAUUGCAUGGAGCAAUAUUUUAAAGAAGCGCUGACAGUGUUUCAUGAAGUCAGUUUACACAUUUCUGAAGGCUCGUUCAACACUGUGAGAUUCUUUACUGCAAUUGGAGCCAGAUUGCACAACAGCACCAGCUGCUACGGUUUCAAAGGUGUCAAUACAACCAUUCUAAUCAUUGCUAAGAAAGUCAACUGCCUGAUGGUGUUGUCGCUGAUACAAACUGGUAGAUAUUUGGUUGUGUAUUUUCUGCCUAUCAACUAGUCAGAGACGCAAGACUGCAUUAGAUGGAUCCACUGGCAAGAGACCAUUUAGUUCCUUGAACCUACAAUGUUCGAAUGCACUUAAAUAUGACACAAUUCUACUCCAAAUCCAUUUAACAAACUUGUUUAAUCGACAUGCGAUUCCUCAGUCAUCGUUCGGUUUGAGUUUUGAAUAAUGGAAAUGGUAUGAGUUUUAAGUUCUAAGUGUUUCUUGAUAUUCAGCACAGAAUUCAGUUGUUUCAGAUAUAAACUCUCUGGCAUAAAUGAUCAUUCUUCAGAUUAUCUUGUGAAUUAACCAAGUCCAUUAUUAAUAUUAAAAAAGUCACCAGCAAAAGCACAUCAUCGCUUCAUCUCCAGAUUAUUGAGGUCUUCAACAUUUCUGUUUGCACAUUUUGCCAGUUCUGGUAUUUGCUAACAUCAACCUUCAAAUACAACUAGAAUCUCUUUUUGUACUUCUGACAUCUUAAGUUUUGAUUAAUGAUCUCUCCUUUUAAAUAUAACAUAGAUGUGUUCUAAUUUAUAAUUGUAUUCAUACUCAACUCUCUUUUGCAGCAUCGUACCACGUUUUAUUAGAAAAUGGAAUGUUGUGGUUAUUAAAUUGUUUAUAAUUAUGAUUUCAUUUGAAUCUAAAUACUUUUGGUGAUAAUUAUAUGUUUUAUAUUGGUUUGUUUUUUCAUGCACAUAGAUGUCAUUUUUUGUAAAGGUGUUUUUGAUGAACAAUGUUCCACAUUUUUCUCUGUGUUGUUUUACAUUUCUCCGUGGAGAAUUGAUCCAAGGCGGCAUGUUAGACCAAGCGUCAAUGAACCUCUCCAUUAUUACUAUAGAUGAUAUGUACCGUCUUCUCAAAAGCACACAACAAUUGUGUAAAGACUCGAAUACCUGCGCCACAUGAAUCCACCUGUACUCCAAUGUGUGGAACUGCAAACUAAUAAA